AUGGUUGUCUCAAAAAUUCUUGUGCCAUUCGGGUCAAGUUCCCAGCGGUUCGGUAAAAUCACGGUACAUCCUGGUCUAGAUCCCAGCGGACUCUAUACAAUUAGGCCGGCCGGUUGUGACCCAUGCCUUUAUAGUCCUCAACCGUUAUACAAAAUUUUCGAAGUUAACAAGAACCGAAAAGUAGACAAAGAUCCUUGGAGAUAUAAAAGCGAAUUAGAAGACUGGGCUAAAAAUUUAGGAUACAGAAAUCAAAAAGUGCUCGAUCUCCGUAAAUGGCAAGCUUCACUCCUAGGUCCUGCUUGGCACGAAAUUUCCGAACCCCAGAAAUAUGAACCAGCUUGCAAAAAUCUUAGCUUCGGGAGAGCUCGGAAUAAACAAAAACAAAGUUCAGUACCUGGCCCAGGAACUUACUAUAAGGAAACUCCUUUCAGAGCUCCACAUGGUUCGCAUUCUACGAGACCAACAUUUGAAAGAGAGGAACCCUGCAGAUUUAAAAACUCGACUCUUAACUGGUCACUAGCACCUAAUAGGUAUAAUAUUAUAGAUAAAAAUGCGAUUGACCAGAAACAUAAAAAAGUUGUUUCACUUAGGGGCCCUUAUGACUUAUUUACGGGCAAAAGAGACAGUAGCACAAUAAAAAACCACUUCAACACUUCUCUCAAAUGUUCCGCUGCAACUUGGCCGCUGGCCCUCAAAGGUAGUCUUGAUAAAUAUGUAAAUUCUCACUUAGGCGUCAUGAAUAAAACAAAUAGAAGUCAGCCAUAUAGAGGCAGAAAUGCGCUCGUGGAUAUCGUUAUGUCGAUACGACGACCCGACGAUCCAGGACCGGGACACUAUGACGUUUUAAAACCGAAGUUCUUUAAGCGAAACAAAUUCGGGUUCAACAGUUCAUACGACAGACCUCCUGGGUACCAACGUGUCAUAGUUUGGCCCGGAGUCGGAAGAUACUCCGUCAAAGAACUUGGCUGCGGUAUUAUCGGACAAGGACACAGGCAUGUGUUCUUGAGUAAGCAAGAUCGAACAAUUGGUGCGAUAAUUCCUAAGGCAAUGAAUUCUUUUUGA